AUGAUUGAGAUUCGAUACCGCGCGAUCGUAGGAGGGCCUCCGCACGAGGCGGGCGGGCGGCUCCUUGUCGCUGUCAGAGGACGAGGUGGACUCCGAGGCGGAGGUGUACGAUCCGCUGAACAAGCGCGGCGGGAACAGGUGAGACGCGACCCUGCACGAUCUGUGCAAGGCGCUCUACGUGUACGCGCGCGCCGGGAGGGACUGAGCCUGGACGCCACUACCUCCCCCUCGACUCUACCGCCGCCGCCCUCAACUCUACCGCCAACGCCCCCGACUCUACCG